AUGCCAGAAUGGGUCCUCUACAGUAUUUAUUUCUCUGUGGACUUCUGUACACCCAAACCGACGGUAAGGUCUCGUCUUCGCCAGGAAGACUUCCCUCCCCGCAUCGUGGAGCACCCCUCUGACCUCAUUGUGUCCAAAGGGGAACCAGCCACUCUCAACUGUAAGGCAGAGGGCCGUCCAACCCCCACGGUGGAAUGGUACAAAGAUGGGGAGCGUGUUGAGACGGACCGUGACAACCCCCGCUCCCACCGUAUGCUGCUGCCCAGCGGGUCCCUCUUCUUCCUACGUAUCGUCCACGGGCGACGGAGCAAGCCCGAUGAUGGCAGCUACGUGUGCGUGGCCCGAAACUAUCUGGGAGAGGCCGUAAGCCGGAACGCAUCUCUAGAAGUAGCAUUGUUACGCGAUGACUUCAGACAGAACCCACAGGACGCAGUGGUGGCGGUCGGGGAGGCUGCCAGUCUGGAGUGUCAGCCUCCACGCGGCCAUCCUGAACCCACCACCUUCUGGAGGAAAGAUAAGGCUCGUCUCGACCUGAAAGAUGACAGGGUCACGGUACGUGGGGGGAAGCUGACCAUCUCCAAUACCAAGAAGAGCGAUGCAGGGAUUUAUGUGUGUGUGGCGGCCAACAUGGUCGGGGAGAGAGAGAGUGAAAAAGCUCAGCUCUCAGUGUUUGAACGACCAGUGUUUGCGCAGCGGCCUGUGAACCAGGUGGUCUUAGUUGAUGAGAGCGUGGAGUUCAGGUGUCAGGUCCACGGUGACCCCCCGCCUACACUGCGCUGGAAGAAAGAGGACGUGGAGAUUCCCCGCGGCAGGUAUGACAUCGGAUAUGAAAAAGAGGAUUUCCUGCUGAAGAUUAAAAAAGCGUCAGUCAGUGAUCAGGGAACCUUCACCUGUCUGGCAGAGAACCGUGUGGGUAAAGUGGAGGCCUCUGCCUACCUGACCAUCAGAGAGGCACCCCAGUUUGUGGUGCGACCCCGUGACCAGAUUGUGGCUCAAGGACGAACAGCUACCUUUCCCUGCGAGACCAGAGGCAAACCUCAGCCCACUGUGUUCUGGCAACGAGAGGGCAGCCAGGAUCUUCUGUUUCCCAACCAGCCGACACAGGGAGACAGCCGCGUGUUUGUGUCCGUGAACGGAGAGCUGACCAUCUCAUCUGUGCAACGCUCUGAUGCAGGGUAUUACAUCUGCCAGGCCCUCACUGUAGCAGGCAGCAUCAUGGCCAAGGCACAGCUGGAGGUAUCAGACGCCCUGAAGGACCGCCCACCACCCAUCAUCCGGCAGGGCCCAUCCAACCAAACACAGGCGCUGGGAGGUGUGACCCUUCUCAGGUGUCAGGCAUCUGGGGAGCCAGAGCCCACAGUCUCCUGGAGAAAGAACGGGGCCAGUCUGCUUGGAAAGGACCCGCGGUUUUCCCUGCUCGACCACGGAAGCCUUCAGAUCCAGAGCACCAGGAUGUCUGAUUCUGGGCUGUACACCUGUGUAGCCACCAGCUCCAGUGGAGAAACAUCAUGGAGUGCCUUCUUGGAUGUCAGAGACUCCACUGAGCUCGUAGACUUCAUGUCGCACAAUGCUACGGCCCUCCCAGGGCCGCCCUCCAAGCCAGAGGUCACUAACGUUACCAAGAGCAGUAUCUCGUUGUCAUGGGAACCGGGGCCAGAGGCGGGCUCCCCAGUGUCCUCCUAUGUCAUUGAGGCCUUUGGUCAGUCAGUGAGUAACAGCUGGCAGACAGUGGCAGACCACGUGAAGACCACAGAGUACACGGUCAAGGACCUACGACCCAAUACGGUCUACCUUUUCAUCAUCAGGGCCGUCAAUGCUCAGGGGCUCGGGGACCCCAGCCCCAUGUCUGAGCCUGUCCGGACACAAGACAUUAGUCCCACAGCACAGGGGGUGGACCACCGUCGUGUGCAGAAGGAGCUGGGGGAUGUGGUGGUCAGCAUGCACAACCCUGUGGUCCUGAGCUCCACUUCAGUGCAGGUCACAUGGACUGUGGAGAAUCCAUCCCAGUUUAUUCAAGGCUACCGUGUUCUUUACCGACAAACGUCAGGGCUGCCCUCCCCAGGGCCUUGGCAGAUACAGGACUUGAAGGUUGCCUCAGAGAGGGACAUAACUCUCUCUGGUCUGAAGAAAGGCAUCGUCUAUGAGAUUAAAGUGCGGCCAUACUUCAACGAGUUCCAGGGUGCAGACAGUGAAUCCAUGACAGCGCGCACCAUGGAGGAAGCACCCAGUGCGCCUCCGCAGCAAGUGACAGUGUUGACGGUGGGGAGCCAUAACAGCACGUCCAUCAGUGUGUCAUGGGACCCUCCUCCCUCCGACCAACAGAACGGCAUCAUCCAGGAGUACAAGAUCUGGUGUUUGGCCAACGAAACGCGGUUUCAUGUCAAUAAGUCUGUGGAUGCAACCAUCCGUUCAGUGGUUGUCGGGGGUCUGCAGACUGGAGUGCAGUACCGCGUGGAGGUGGCUGCGGGCACCAGCGCAGGAGUGGGGGUCAAGAGCAAACCCCACCUCAUCAUGUUGGGUGCAGAACUGAGGGACGUAAUGACGGGAUCAGAGGGCAACAAUAGCAUCUCAGACGUAGUGAAGCAGCCGGCCUUCAUUGCUGGUUUGGGGGGGGCCUGCUGGAUUGUCCUCAUGGGCUUCAGUGCCUGGCUUUACUGGAGGAGAAAAAAGAGGAAGGGACUCAGCAACUAUGCAGUUCAGUCCUUCACCUUUACUCGUGCAGUUACGUUCCAAAGAGACCGAGGCCUGAUCAGAAAUGGAAGCCGCCCGGGGCUGUUGAAAACAGGUGACCCAGGCCUCCCCUGGCUGGCUGACUCGUGGCCCUCCACGAGCCUCCCGGCUAACAGAGACUUAGGAAGUCCGAAGGGUGGCAACAACUUUGGCCGAGGAGAUGUUUUACCGUCGGCAGCGGUGGAGAAGACGGGCACCAUGCUGUCUGAUGGUGCCAUCUAUAGCAGUAUUGACUUCAUGGGGAAAGCAGGCUACAGCAGCCCAGCACGAGGCACUCAGCCCACCCCCUACGCCACCACUCAGAUACUCCAGUCCAACAGUUUCCACGAGCUGGCUGUGGACAGGCCAGAUCCUCGCUGGAAGGCUUCUCUCCAAGCCCAGCAGGAAAUAGCAAACCUGGGCUACUCGCUAACUGACAGACGCCCUGGCAGUGGUGCAAAGGUUGGGAAGAAAAAGAAGGUGAAGGGUGGAACGAAGACCUCUAAAUCAAAUGGGACAUGUUGGGCUAACAUACCCCUGCCUCCACCACCCAUGCACCCACUCCCUGGUACAGAGGUUGACCUUGACCGUUACCCCCAGGAAAACCACGGAGGAGGAUAUGACAGCAACAGCUGGGCACCACCCAUGUCUGUCCAGACCUACCACCACCAGAAUUUGGACAAUGAGGUAGAGGACGAGAGAGGUCCCACUCCUCCCCUGAGAGGAAGAUCAUCCUCUCCGGCAGCAGCUCCCUUCAGCCAGCCCUCAUCCUCCUCUCUCAGCUCUGCCCACCACGAGGAAAUGCAGUCCAUUUUGCAGGCCCACUUGGAUGAGCUGACCAGAGCUUACCAAUAUGAGGUGGCCAAGCAGGCAUGGCACAUGAAGAGCAGUCCAAAUGUAACCAAGACCCCCAUCCCUCCAAUGGACUUCAUGUCCAGCACACUGGGCUCUGAUCUGGGAGCCACUCUCCUUUCUGAAGACGACGAGGAUGAGGAGGAGGAUGAAAGAUACGCUGUGGUGUCAAAGAAUUUGUGUGGCUUUGAAUACACUCCUGGUCACAGCGUGGAUAACCUUGAAAGCUCAGGUAAAACCUCCCAGCAGUGUCGCUCCGACAGCUCGGGCAUGGCAGACCAUGGUGCACAGGGCACACAUAGCCUUGGCCACAGGAGGGCACCACAUACUGGCCUCAAGCCUCAGAUGGAUAAGGUUGGGACUCUGCCCAGGGGAAGAGACACCAACACAGACACCCACACACCGGCCAUGAAGUCCCUGCACAGCGUGGGCUCCCGCAUGCACAGCUCAUGGGCAGCUGCAGGCUCAGACCCCUCUGAGGAGUGCAUGGUGACCGUGUCGACGCUGGAGCGGCAGCAUAUGGCUUCCUGGAGCGGCACAACAACAUCCAACAGGGCCACCCUGAGUAGGGGUUCCCACAAGAGACCUGGCACAGAUCCCUCCCACAACGGGCAUCCUCCCACAAACAGCACAGAGAAGAGGGAACACUGUGAGUGUCUAUUCUCAUGA